AUGCCGAACAGGUUCCACAGCAUGAACAUUGAAGCAGAGAUUCUGACAACUCCACAUGAUUCAGAGCUAUACGCAGUGGCUCCCAUGAGAAGUCUYACGUCUGAGGAGUACGUGGAGGCCUUCAAGGUGUUUCUGGAGCACUCUACAGAGCACCAGUGCAUGGAGGCAUUCAACGAGCAAGCAAUGCCCCACAUCAUGGCUGGGCUGGGCAAUGGGAAAUCCACCCUGAACGUCCUGGGAGUUGGCAGUGGCACAGGCGAGCAGGAUUUGAAGAUGAUCAGGAUCCUGCAGGCUGAACACCCAGGGGUCUUCGUUAACACAGAAAUCAUAGAGCCCAACCCACAGCACGUGGCAGCAUACAAAGAGUUGGUUAAUCAAGCUCCCGAUCUCCAGAGGGUCUCUUUUGUUUGGCACCAGCUCACUUCCUCCCAGUAUGAACAACAGGUGAUGGAGAAGAGCACACAGAAGAAGUUUGACUUUAUCCAUAUGAUUCAGAUGCUGUACCGUGUUGAAGACAUUCCUAAUACAAUCAAGUUUUUCCACAGCUGCCUAGACCAUCAUGGUAAACUCCUGAUCAUAAUUUUGUCAGAGAGUAGUGGAUGGGCCACCUUAUGGAAGAAGUACAGACACUGCUUGCCUUUAACUGACAGUGGCCACUACGUUACCUCCAGUGACAUCGAGGAUAUUUUGAAGAGAUUCGGGGUUGAAUACCAAGUUUAUGAGUUCCCGUCUGACUGGGACAUCACGGAGUGCUUUAUCGAGGGGGAUCCGGUUGGAGGCCACAUGAUAGAUUUCCUAACAGGGACGAAAAACUUCCUGGGCACUGCACCCAUGGACCUGAAGAAGUGUCUCCAAGAGGCUCUCUGCCAGCCUGAAUGCAGCAGCAGGAAGGAUGGGAGGAUUAUCCUCAACAACAACCUCAGUAUGAUCGUAGUUGAAUCCUAGGGGUUGGGCUAGCUGCAGAAGACAAACUGGGGUGGGUGUAGAGGCAGCGCUCUGUCCUAGUAGGGGUUAGUGUAGAAAGGAGGCAACUGACAACAUUUGAGAGGAGGUAGGUGGGAAAGAGGUUCAGCUUGCAGCCUCCUACUCGCAGCCAGGAUGGAUGCAGCCGGACUCAAUACUGUGGUUGAGCUCUUUGUCUCCCCAGUCAACGGGACCAAGAUUUCACCCCAGAUAUUUAGUYCAGCCUUAGGAGAUCUGCAAGGUAUGGGUUGGCCUUCUGUGUUUCCUGUUGGGAGCCCAUGACACGACCGUGUGUCAUGGACAGACCCUCCGUACCCUCUGGGGAAGUCCUGGUCCAUCACUCUGCCAUCCAGGGAGCAGAGUAGCUUCUCAGAAGGAAGGAGUCCACAGGGAGAUAUUUUUUAAUGGUAUAUGCAUUAUUGAUGGUUUUCACACUGGGAUUUCCAGUUCUCUCCCUACACAUGGCAUUCUCCAUUGCCACAGCCGUGUUUUUAUGGCUACUUGCUGCACAGACCUGCAGUUGUUUUGCAGCUGGUCCCAAGGAAAAGGGGGGAUAAAAAGGCCUGAGAGGGGCCUGCAGACCCUGCUUCUGUCUGCAGCAUUGCUGGACUCCAGGGUUAUGCUUACCCUGUGCUCUUUCAGG